AGCUUCCUCCCGCCUCCCCCCUCUCCGCCCCGCCCCCACCCCCAUUGGCUCCUCUCUCCCCCUCUGCCUCUUUGUGCUCCCCUUGCCCCUCCACUCGGCCCGUGACUGCCCGCACCCGCCACACCAUGGAGCUCAACACCCGCCGCAUCAUCACUGAAACCACCCGCCUGGCCAAGGAGCCCAUCGAGGGGAUCACGGUCACCCCGCGCGGGGACAACUUCCGCCACUUCGAUGUCAUCAUCGAGGGUCCUCCCCAGACCCCCUACGAGGGCGGGCGCUUCCGCCUGGAGCUGUUCCUCCCGGAGAACUACCCCCUCUCCCCGAUGAAGAUCCUCUUCAGCACCCCCAUCUACCACCCGAACAUCAACCGCCUGGGCAAGAUCUGCCUCGAUAUCCUGGACUCCAAGUGGACUCCUGCCCUGCGCAUCAGCAGUGUCCUGCUGUCCAUCCAGCAGCUUCUUUCCAGCCCGAACCCCGACGACCCGCUGGACAACACUGUCGCCCAGCACUGGCGCGAGAACCUGGAGGAUGCCCACAAGACCGCCCGCGAGUGGACCAACAAGCACGCCCAGGAGUAGUGGCGCCUGUCUUCCCCCACCUCCCUUCACACGCAUGCACGCACGCACGUGUGCACAUCCACGCAGUCCUCCCUGCCCUCCUUUUGCACCAGAAGCGGGCACUCGGCCCUGGGGAGCCCCUCCUGGUGGAGCAGCUCCCCCUUUCCCCUCUUGGAAGCGUGGAAUGCGCCCGUUGGCGGCAGCGCCUGACCUUGAGUUUGCAAUGUACAUCCCCCCUCUCUUUUCCA